GAGAGAAGAGAAAGAGAGGAGAGAGGGAGGAGAGAGAGAAGAGAAAGAGAGGGAGGAGGGGGAGAGGAGAGAAAGAGAGGAGAGUGAGAAGAUAGGAAAAUUGAAGAGAAGAGAAGAGAAGAGACUCAGCACGGUCCAGUCCAGCGGUCCAUCAGGUGAUUCUUGGCGAGGAUGAAAGCGGUGAUUCUCAGCAGCUGCCUCUUGGUCGUGACCUUGACCUUAGUCUCAGCUCGCCCGGUGCGGAACGCCAGAAGUUUGAACAGCGGCAGCGAUGAGGGAUACUCUCGUUAUUUUCGGUCGCUCUACCCAUCGUACAACCCCUACAUGCCCAACUUCAAACAUCCCUAUUACAGGACCUUCCAUGGCUACAACUUCCCCAGCUACAACUUCCGCAGAAACUACUUCCCCGGCUACAACAUCCCCGGCUACAACAUCCCCGGCUACAACUUCCGCGGCAACGGGCAAGUACCAAUCUUCAACGGCUUCGAGCGGAAUGGCAACCCGGGGGCAGCACGUGAGGAGGAGAACCUGGUGGAUGAGGGAAGUCCCCGGGAAUAUUCCAUCAUCAACGUAGACAGCCAGAGCUCCGACAUCUCCCGGGAGGAUACGAGCAGCGAUGAAGAUGACGACCACAGCGUUCCCUUCGGGAAUGAGGUGCCUGACUACCUGCACCCUGGGGUGCCAGAUUAUGCCCAGCCUGAGCUACCAGAUUAUGUAUACCCCCGGGUGCCAGAUUAUGGGCUCCCUAGGGUGCCAGAUUAUGGGCUCCCUAGGGUGCCAGAUUAUGGGCUCCCUAGGGUGCCAGAUUAUGGACACCCCCGGGUGCCAGAUUAUGGGCUCCCUAGGGUGCCAGAUUAUGGACACCCCCGGGUGCCAGAUUAUGGGCUCCCUAGGGUGCCAGAUUCUGCACACCCCCGGGUGCCAGAUUAUGGACACCCCCGGGUGCCAGAUUACGAAGAGGCUGUAACCCAGGAAGAAGAGUUCCCCGGAGAGCCAGAUUAUGAGGGCCCCUUCAUACCAGGGAUGGACACGGACAUCGAUGUGGGGCUUGAGCGACAAAGCUCCAAGGGGGCAGAAGAUGGAACAUCUAACGCGGAGGACCCAACCAGUGUCCUCCCCUACUCUGACUCCUCGCAGAGUACGGAUUCACAUGGACUGAACCUGGAAGAGGACCAGAUCUUCACCGGCAGCAACCAGACCGCCGGUCUUCAGGAAGAAGUCAACGGGCCGGCUGGGGAGGACUCCAAUCCCGAGCAAACUCUGAGCAAUGAGGGAUUCGUGGACCUGCCACGGACCGUUGAGGACUCGGCCAAAGAAGACCAAACUGCAGAGGACCCCAGGAACACUGAUCUUACCACCUUUACCACUAAAGACGACAGUCGUUCUGAAGAUCUAGGUCGUUAUGAAGUCCAGUAUCGUUUUACAGAGGAUAAUCAUUAUGAAGUUGAUGAUUUAAGCGACUAUUACCUGGAGGGCAAUGAUGAGACUGAAUCUGAAUUCAGCAGAGCAGGUUCCAACCGGAGUAGUCCGUCAGAGUCGGAUGAGAUGGGCCUCGAUGCUGGUGUCGUUGAGGUCACUGAUGACGAUGAUGAGGACUCCAGUGAGGAUGUGACCAACAAGAGCCAGGCUGAGGGUGACUGGGCACGGGAUGACGAGGACAUGGAUGCCAACUAUUCCUUGUAAGGUGCUGGCGAAGAUGUCGGAUGAACCUGAUUGUUUAUACGCUUUACAGUCUGAGUUAAGGAAGUGUGGAAGUGGAUGGACAGUGUGAAAUUCAUUAUUGAUAACGUUAAAUGUGCAA